AUGUCGCCGACCUGUCAUCAUCGUGUCAUCGUCAUCCUCGUCAUCGCACUCUGCGCCACGACGGCACUGACCGCGGGCAACGCGACGCCACUGCCGCCGACUCGCUUUCGCGCGGCCAACAUAUUGGCCGUGGAAACAGUGCCGGGCCGAAGUCACUGGAACUUUAUGAGCGCAGUUCUACGGGCGCUGACUGACCGUGGCCACUCGGUGGUGGCGUUCACGUCGUACCCGGCGCAGUGGCCGUCGUCCACGCAUGGCAAUUACACGGAGGUGGACACGUCCGCCGUGCUGCUCCGGCACGCCGGUGAACUGGCAUCUCGCGUGCUGUCCGACUACAGCCGACUGUCGUACAUCGUGCCGUCAGUGGUCCGAUGGAGCAGACAGUUCUGCGACGCGGUGUACGACAUGGAACAGAUCCGGGCGCUCAUGGUCAACGGCACCGACACGGCAGCCAGGUUCGACCUACUGGUCACCGAGCCGCUGGGCUCCGAGUGUGUGGCACACCUGGCCGCUGCCAUUGGGCUGCCCAUGGUGUACGUGGUACCGACGCCCAUGAUCACGUACAUGCAACCGUCCAUCGUCGGCCACUCGGCCAACCCGGCGUACGUGCCGCACCUGCUCUACGGCUCGGCGGUCCGGGCGUUCCGGCACAGGUUGGUCAACACGGCCAUGUACGCCUAUGGACGGCUGGUCCGGUGGUAUGCCGAGCGGAUGGCGCUGCGCCGGCCGUACGAUGUCGGCGAGCCAGCCAAACCCUCAGUCGUGUUCGUCAACAGCCACCACGUCACAGAGCCCACUAUGUUACUGCCCACCAAUGUCAUACACGUUGGUGGAAUACACUUGGACCGAGACGAUGGAGCACUGCCGACUAAUAUAUUAGAAUUUAUUGAGAAUUCCCCACAUGGCGUUAUUUAUUUCACGUUCGGAUCAGUCAUAGCCAUGUCAAGUUUACCAGACCACAUUCAGGAUACAUUUAAAAACGUAUUUCGACAAAUUCCUCAAAGAGUUUUGUGGAAAUAUGAAGGUGAAAUGGAAGAUAAACCGGACAACGUGAUGAUAGGCAACUGGUUUCCUCAGCGUGAAGUUCUGUUGCACCCAAACGUCAAAUUGUUCAUAAGUCAUGGCGGGAUAUCUGGCGUGUACGAAGCAGUAGAUGCGGGUGUUCCUGUUUUGGGCUUUCCACUUUACUACGAUCAACCGAGAAACUUGCAAAGUCUAGUGGUCGCGGGCAUGGCAAUCACAAUGGAAUUAUUGUCGAUCACCGAACAACGAUUUCUACACUCCAUCAAGGAACUUUUACAUAAUACAAAUUACACAAAAAAUGCUAUAAUCACCGCGGACCGUUUCAGAGACCGUCCUAUGACUCCUCAAGAGUCAGUCGUCUAUUGGACGGAGUACGUACUUCGUCACAAAGGUGCGCACCACUUGAAAUCCGAAGCACUGAACCUCACGUGGUAUCAGUACAUGUUACUGGAUGUGAUUUUCGUCGUUGUCGUGUCGUUCCUGGUCGUAAUGUACAUGAUUUAUAAGACGUCUAGAUUAUUUUAUUCACAUGUCGCGAAUUAUUUGAUUAGAGCCAAAGUUAAGCAACAAUAGGUAAUAAUAUGUAAUUAAUUAGAUAAAUUAUUGUUCGGGAAAUGUUAACCCACCUAUUUAUAACCGCCGUCUUGGAUGGAAAAAUCAAUCAUUGAUCUCUGUCUCACACACGCGUUUAUAUUUUAUACAAAUUAUAAUUUUAAGUAGGUAUAGGUAAAUACUUAAUUUACAUAUUGUACAUCGUUUAGUUCAACUUUUCUCCGUAGUUACACGUUUGUCGUCAUUACUCAUUACUGCAGGGCUCGGAACUUUAUGCGCUAAAAAACAAUGAAAUAUAUGUGCAUAGCGUAUGUACUAAAAAAACGCAAAUAUGCAGUAUAAUAUGCAUAUAUUAUUUUAUAAAAUAUAUAUAUUUUGAGGUAUAAUUAUAAAAAAAAAUAUUUUUGGAUCAUAAAUAUUUUAUUUAUAUUUUUUUUGUUGAUGAUUUGGAGCUGUUAUACUAAAUCUAUUCCCAGAAUCCUAAAUUUAAAAAAAAUAGAAUUUAUCGAAUACAGCGAUUAUUAAAUAAUGUUAGGUAUUAAUUAGUAUUUAUCCAACAUAUUAGCAACAUCACAAAUCUUUCAUAAUAUUUACUAUAAUAAAGUACUGCAUUGAUGCAGGUACUCAAAGGGGUUAUGAUUGGUUCUAGAAGUAAAGGAAUCUCCGGUGCGUAAUUUUUGAAAAUUUGUAUACGUGAUGGUACUUUUUUAAAUAUUUUUUUUACGUUGGCUACGACUUUACGAACAGUGCCAAACUGAUUUCGUACUUCCUCUGAAACUCUAUAGAGACCAUGAGCAGCACAUGUACCAUUUUAGAGUAGAAUGCGUUCAAAUAGACUUCCCACAUUUUAUCAUAUACGGUACUAUUUAUUUGUAAAUGGUAAAUAAUUUAAUUUACAAUAUUCAAUUAUUGAAAACUUGUUUAUUUUUGUUGAUUUCUAAAACGCUUUAACAUAAAAUGCAUUUAUAUACUCAAAAUCUUUAAAUAUGCAAAAUCACAUAAAUUUAGUAAAAUAUGAAUCUGCCCGUAAUGUUUGAAAAUAAAUAAAUAAAUAUGCAAAAAUAUGCAACAUAAAUUGUUGUAUUUCAAUAGUAUGGUUCAUGAAACGAAUUUGUAUCAAAUCAGAUUAGAAAUAUGCAGCUUCCUGAGAAAGAUGCAAAUGCAUAAAGUUCCGAGCCCUUCAGUCAUUAGGUACUAAUAGUUAUGAAUUAUUUUAUUUUAUUUUAUUUACACCAAACGGCAAUUACAAAAAGUAUCUGAACAAUAACAGAACAGUAACAAUAUUACAAUAAAUAGCUUAAAUUAGAAUAGUUUACAAAAUGCAUUAUUAAAAUAGUAGUAUACAGACAGUUAAAAGGGGCAAAUAAAUAUAGACUAGAUUACAUAGCAUUAUUGGCAUAACGAAGCAUACGGUGCAGCAGUGGAUGGUUAUUACAAUAGGAGGUGGAGUGAGUGGGAAUAUGAAAGGGUGUGUGAUGUCUUGAGGGGUAGGACGGGACACGGAAAUUAAUGGAGGAAAGAAGAUCCGGGGCAUCUAUUGAUCCAUCUAGUAGGCCUUGAAAAAGCGGAGAUCAGCAUCAGAACGCCGAGAAGAAAGCAUAGGAAUGUUUAAUUUUAAAAGCACGGACGAGUAGUCAUGCUGAGGAUGCUUGAUUUUGAGGAGGAAAGAGAUAUAAGAUAAAAACCUAUUUUGGACUCUUUCGAGUCUUAGCUGGUCUUUUGCUAGGUAGGGGUGCCAAACUAUCAAACCAUAAUCAAGAAUAGGGCGCACAAGAAAUGGGUAAAGUGUACGCAGACAACGGACAGAGCUAAACAUUUUAGUAUUGCGCUUUAUAAAACCCAAGACAUUCAGUGCUUUACAGGUGGUAACAUUAAUAUGGUGGCUGAAAUCGAUAGAUGGGCUGAAAUGUAUACCUAGGUCUUUAAUAGUAAAAGCUUGAGAGGGGAUCCAUUGAUAUAGUAGGAGUUAAGUGCAUGGUUGUGACGUCUAGAAAAUGUCAUAAUAUGACAUUUGGCUAAGUUCAAACUCAGAUUAAGACGUUGAGCCCACAGAGCGAAUUCGUCCAGUUGAUGUUGCAGUGUCAGGGAACAAGAGAUAUCAUUGCAAUUCAAAUAAAUUUUGAUAUCAUCAGCAAAGAGCAGGAAUUUAGCCUUGGUGAUCAAAUUAAUGAAUAAGAUAAAGAGUAAAGGACUUAGAUGGCUUGUGGGACACCAGAAGGUAUGUUAACCAGGGACGACUUACAAUUACUGACCUUUGCAAAUUGCUGUCUGUUGGAGAGGUAAGAACGCAACCAUGAGAGAAGAGGAUCACCGAUACGCAGAGUGUCUAAUUAAUUAAUAAGAAGGCCAUGGUCAACCGUGUCAAAUGCUUUUUCGAAGUCAGUAAAGACAACAUCAACUUGACCACCCUUCUUGAUGUUAUCAAGCAAGUAUUUAGUGAAAGCAACACUGCUGGUGACUGUAGACUUGCCAGGUCUGAAACCAUGCUCCUCAUCUAUAAUUAUGUGAUUUAGACUCCUUUUAAUAUUAGAAUAGACUAAGGACUCAAAGAGUUUGGCUGAAUGUGGAAUAAUCGAUAUUGGCCUAUAAUUUGUAUCAUCAGAUGGGUUACCUGCCUUGAGAACUGGUGUCACUGAACAAAC